AUGAAAAAUGCAAAUACAAGUUACCAUCAGAACUUUUGUAUUGGGAAGCAUAUUCUCGUGAAAAUCUUGAAAUGCAAGCUGGGAGAUGGUGAAACGUCCAAGUCGUCCAUAUUUGUAUUUGGUGACUCAACUGUUGAUGUUGGUACAAAUAAUUUCAUACCCGAGUGCCGAGGAAAGGCGAACUUCCGGUAUUAUGGGAUUGAUUAUCCCGGUUCGGUGCCUACCGGAAGGUUCAGCAAUGGCUAUAAUUCUGCUGACAGUAUCGCUAAGCUCUUUGGUUUUAAGAAGAGCCCGCAAUCCUUUUUUUAUCUUCUCAAUCAAACAUCGAGUUUCAAGCACAACAUACGCUGUGGUGUCAAUUUUGCAUCAGGAGGCUCAGGGAUUAUCGACACCACCGGAUUCCAAUUAUUUACGAAGGUUGUGCCGAUGAGAGAGCAGAUUCAACAAUUUUCAACAGUUUGUGGAAAUCUCACAGAAAUAUUGGGUACAGAAGCUGCUGCUGAUAUGCUAUCUAAGUCAUUGUUUCUCAUCAGUGUUGGAGGCAAUGACCUCUUUGAAUAUCAGCUAAAUAUGUCUAAGAAUGACCCUAAUCUGCCUGAGGCGCAAGAGCUGCUACGCAUUCUAUCAUCAACAUAUCAAAUUCAUCUACGGAGUUUGUACGACUUAGGGGCUCGGAAAUUCGGCAUUGUAAGCAUCGCACCAAUCGGAUGCUGUCCGCUAGAGCGUGCUCUUGGAACUGGUGAAUGCAACAAGGAAAUGAAUGAUUUGGCUCAAGCAUUCUUCAAUGCCACUGAGAUCCUCUUACUAAAUUUAACCUCUCAAGUUCAAGACAUGAAGUACUCUCUUGGAAAUCUUUAUGAGAUAGCUUAUGAGGUCCUUCAUAACCCACGAUCCGUCGGUUUCAAGGAGGCGCAAACAGCAUGCUGUGGGAAUGGAAGCUACAAUGCCGAAUCCCCAUGUAAUCGAGAUGCAAAGCUUUGUCCGAAUCGUCGAGAGUACGUAUUCUGGGAUGCAAUUCACCCAACUGAGCGUGCAGCCAAAUUAGCAGCUCGAGCCCUCUUUGGUGGAGGAGCAAAAUAUGCAACACCUGUGAAUUUUAGUCAGUUGAUAGGGGAUUAA